CAAAGAAACUUCUAAGCCCAGCCAGAGUGGCAGUAGUCCUUGCCACAAAAAGCUAAAUAAAAAACACAAACUAGAAAAUACAGAGCGUCUGAACCGAGCUAGAUAUUGAACGAGGAACAAGAGAAAAUAUGAACUGGAAAUUUAUUUUCUGCUGGCUGUUCAGCCACUCUUUUGUUAUUGCGAUUGGGGCCAACUGUCUGCGGGGCACUCACCAUAUGUGGCAGCGAAAGCCAACGCCCACCGUCGGUCACGGUGCUCCGUCUAGCUGCAGCCGUCCGCCGUCAUUAUUGCUGCCCGGGAAUGCAACAGCAACUGAGAAAAAAGUAACGCCACCAGCAACGCCAACAAUGGAUAUCCUUGCCAGGGAGGAUGCUGGUACUGAGGCUGCCCACCCUGCGGUCGAGUUGGCCAACUACGUCUAUCAGUGUGCUACCAGGCGUCCCAUCAGCACCAGCAGCAGCAGUUGCAACAAGCUGCCAGACUCUGAAUCGAAUCCAGAAUUGGUAGCUACAUCAGCCAAGGCCUUUGCCUCUGCCUCUGGACCUGGUUCUGUUUCUGCUUCUGGCAGUCAGUAAGCUAGAAGGGAAUAGCCCAAUUAAAUGCAUCUUGUGUAAGGCUAGUUGCUAUGCAGUGUCAUUUAAGCUACUCGUAUGUUUUAAUAUAUAUUUCAUAAUCCAAUAAAGCAAUCCAAACAAA